CCUCGCUCUACCUUUAUGCUCUUGACUUUCACAACCUGACUCCCAGCAUGGCAGGAGUGCGAAGUGAUUCGCUGUACUGCGAUAGUAUCGGAAAUACCACAUCUGAUAAGCUUCAUUGCUGCUAUCUAGACGAUCAGGGCGCGUCUAUCUGCCAGGAAAACUUCAGUCCAACAGCUGCAACCUUCUCCGGCGGUUGCACGAAUGGUGACUGCAUCACUGAUUGCCAAAACCUGACCCUGCUCUACAGCUCGUUGCUACAAAAUGAUCCGUUCGAAGGAAAUGGUCUUGCACCGAAACGGCGGUACUUAACUUGCGCCAACGUUCCAAACAUUGCCAGCUAUUAUUCCAAUGGCCUCCUCGAACCGAACAUUUCAUCCUCCUUGAUGCCAUACUUUUCACGAAAUACCACCGAUGGUGAUUUGAGGAGAAUUACCACCUCUGUCACUGGGUGCCUCACAUCUACCUGCAGAGCAGCGAGGAAUAGGACGUUGUGCACUGGAGUCUGCUCGCCAGUCAAUUUGCUCACUAACAGCACGAAUCCAAAUCUCAGAGGUCUUAAUGAGUGCUUUAAUACCUUAUGUACGGGGCGUUAUAGUUCUCUGCCGUAUGCCGACGCAGAUGUUAUUGGGAUUGGGGUAUUUGCCUCGUAUAUUAUGCAAUGCAUACUUGUAGUCCUCCUCUGGUUUGGACUGUCGGCGUUCGGAUUUUCCCACGGGAGGAAAUCAAGGAAAGUGAAGGAAUACGGCCCAAGAAAUGCCCAAGAGGACAGGACAAAGAACGAGAACCUUCUCGAAACAUCACCGGAGAGUGUCCACACAAAAGUUUUCAAAGACUUCCUAGUUGAAUUCCACAAAGCACAAUGCUACUUCAGCGGCACGAUUCAGAUUGCUUCUUUCGCCUAUGGAAUAUUUGAGACAGACAUGCUGGUUACCUUCAUGCUCAUUCCCCUUGCAACGAAUGGAGUUCUUCCCGUGGUCUUUGCCUUCGUCCUCCUCUUCCAUGCCCAGCGGUCAACUAUGGAUGUUACAAUCCUAACCAUAGCAUGUUGGAUAUUAGCUUCUACCGUGUACUGGAUACUCUACUCCCAUGUAAUCCCGGUGAACUCGGAGAUCAAUUCGAAGGCCAAAAAGUUCCACGCUUAUCAGCAGUUCAUGUAUAAACUUUCCGCUAUCGACGCGUGUGGUGGUUAUUCUGCUCUUGCAGCGUGCCCUGAAAAUUUCUUCUUGAAUAAAGAUCCUAUCUACAACGCAUCCCACAAUAUCCGUGUCCUAACACCAAUCAUCUGGACGUUUUCGACCUUGUCGCUCUUCAUGGUGCUGGGACUCAAGGUGAUUCUCUGGUGGAAGCAGCGCCAAAAUCAUCAGACCCCGAAUCAUCCAGAGAAGAUGCAGAAUGGCGCUGAGGGGAGGACUCAUAUCCGCGCACACUACCCGACCUCUAACAAGGGUGUUUCGAUUCUCUAUUGGUUAGCGACUCUGUGCUUCCUAGCUGGUAUUGGAAUGCAGCUGUCGCUACUAGCAAUUGGGACAUCAUUAAACAUGAUGGAUCGGAUGAAUUGGAGCUUUGGACAGGUUGUGGCUGUUACAAUUUGGUUGCCGCCUCUUAUAGGGUAUUUAUAUGAUGAGCUGAAGGAGUUGCUGAAGGUUCGAUUUCAUAUCUGGAACUUGCCGAAGUAGAGCAGUAAAUC